AAUCGGAUGAGGGUAGUGAAUUUAAAAAGGAGCCGCGGUCCGUCCGGGAGAAAUUUUAGAUCAUAACAACCUUCUGGUUUGAGAACAAGGGAGCAACCAGUGGCGUUUAGCACAACUGACAGAGAAGCGAUGGCCAACAUUGUGUUUGCAGAGCAAGAAAAUGCACAUCUUCAUCCACCUACUCUGAAGAUGCGACAGCGGCUUCAGUCUGCUCCAGAGAAACUGAAAUCUCCCAUGACUGCCAAAACCUUUGCCACUCCUUUGCCAUUGGGUCGUAAGGCUUUUGCUCCUGUUAACAAAAAAAUCUCCACCCCUGCAGUCAAUGCACAAGAAAAACUAAAGCCACAGGAAACUAAAGUCAAACAUGCUCCUCAUACCAAAGUGGAGGAAUAUCCAGAAAUUGAGAAGUUCAUCCCUUAUGAUCCACUAGAGUUUGAGAAGUACAGCGUACCGGAGGAUUUGAUUCCUCUCGGUGGCUUAGCUCUGUCUGGACUGGCCUGUUUUCCACAAGCUCCACAUCUGUGUAAGGAUGACCUGGAAAUGUUUGAUCCACUCCCAAACCUGUCACCUGUAAAGAUGCCAAAACGUUCAGAUUAUUGCUCAGCGCUGGAUGACUUUCUUCAAACACUUGAUGAGCUGACUGUUGAACUUCCCCCAGAAUCUUUUACUGACUGAAUGUUAAUGUGUGUUUUUGUUCCGACUACGUUUUUACUGAAAUAAAGUUAUCUUUCGCUGCUAUCCUUUAUUUGCUUGUAUCGCAG